AUGGGAAAUAAAUAAUAAUAAGCCAAGUAAAGAGAUAGCAAUUUGAGUAUGGUAAGUUAUGGUAGAUCUGUAUCCACUGCACCAACUAAUGAAUCAGGUAUGCUUAGAUUUACUACUGAUGGAAGUAUGAGUUCUUCUUCCAUUUUUGGAGGAAUAGAAACAUAUUUCAAUCGACUACCAAAUCCAGUAGUUGAUGGAAUUUGUAAAUUUCUCACUAUUAAUGAUCUUACUAAUCUAUAUUGCACUAGUAAAUUUGUUUAUGAACGAUUUUACACUUCACUUCCAUACUCCAUUUAAUGUGGCACUCUAUUGUACAAGUUGUAUGAGGAUAAAAGAGCAAUUGUUAAAAAUGCUAUUCAAACUAAACAUGCAUAUUGGCCUUAAGUUUUAGAAGUUUUUAUACAAAAUAAGUAUUAUUAUGUGUUUAUGAUCUAUAUUAGAAAACAAAUGAAGAAUCUGCAAUCCAAUCUCAAUGAAUCACUCUAACAAGCUUAUCAAUAACAUAUCAUUUAUCCACCUUUAUUAAUGGAUGAAAUCACUAAAGAAGGCUUAAAUUCUGAUUUCUAGAAACAAAUCAUGCAAAAAUUAUAGAGUUCUUAACAAUAUCAAUCUAUUACUGAAAUACAAAUACUGAAUUAAACUAGAACUUUUUUUAAAAAGUCAUAAAACUCUAAUUCAUUAAUGAUUAACAAGUUAUUAGAAAUCAGAACUUUAAGAGAAUUUUAAGUUGAUUUAAAGUAUUACUAUUUUAUUUUAUUUUUAGAUUACCAUAAUUAUUUAACAUUAUUAUUUUAAUAUGUUCUACUAUUAAAUCACUUUUGUAAAUUGUUGCUCUAACACUUGAAUGUGCAUCAGCCACUAAUGAUUCUAUUGGAUAAUUAGAUUUUUAUCUCUAUAAUUUCUAAAUGUAUUUGAUAUGGAUGCAAUAAAUAGAUUAACAUGUUACUCCUUAUUUACAUCUUUUUGACAUUACUCUUAAAGAAUAAAUUCCUUCUUAUCAUUUCCCACCCUUUACAAUCUAAUGGAUCAUGAUGAAAAUGUGGAAUCAAUUUAUUUAUUCAAAAUCUAAACAUGCUUUGAGAUCUAUUUUCUUAUAAUAAUUAUUUGAAGUUAGAAUUGAUCCUUCCCUUAAAUAUCAAUAAUAUCUAUUAAAAGAUUAUAUCAAAUCAUUAAUCGAUUUAUCAACAACCUAAUCUAAUGUCAGAAUGGCAGGUCAUUCUAAAUUUAAUUACAUUAAGGACUUAGAAAAUUUAUUCAUCAUUGUAAUAGAAUAAACAUCCAAUCUUUAUGAAGAAUACAAUAUCAAUUUUUCCAAAGACAUCUCCGUACUAGGAUACGUAUUUUAAAAACAUAUCUUAGAAAAUAAAUUAAUUCCUUUUCUAUUAGAAGAAAAAUAUGCUAAAAUUUAAACUCAUAUUGAACAAAUUAAAUAAAGUUCUGAAUUCUAAAGAAGAAUCAAAAAAUACAAUGAUGAUAAUUAAUUCAUUACUUAGCAAACUGAUUAUUCGUUUCAACUACUCAAUAUCAAUAAAGUUUUCUAUAAAAUCAAAUAAAUUAUCAACUGUGAGCCUUUGCUCUAAUAAACAAUUAGAUUAACAAUUAAUUAUCAAAAAAACAUUUAUGAUAAACUAUCAUCUUAUAUCAAAGAUUAUCAUACAGAGCUUUAUGAAGAAAUCUCUAAAUUAGCUGAUUUAGAUGUAGUUUCAACUGAAAGUGUCUAAAUUAGAGAUGCUAUGAUAUUAUAUAGAACAUAAUCUGAAACUUAUGAGGAUCAUCUAAUUUCCUACGAAGAACUCAUUGAUAUUGAAACAUUUAAACAAAUUAUUAAAUAAAAAUCAGCUUGUAAUUCUAAAAAGAAUUCAUUAUUGUUAAAGAAGACAAAGUCUGAACCACCAAAAUUACAUUAACAGCCAGAUAUAAAUAAUUUCUUACCAAUUACAAUUGUUAAUGGAUUAAAUCUUGCCUAAAGUUUAACAGAAUAAUACAUUAGCUAAUAAUGA